CGACUAUCGUGAGAACUCUUGGGUCUCAAGCAACAAAGAUGGCGGUUUCCGUCAACACUGCUUUGUUUAUUUUGCAUACCUUUACAACAUCAAUUUUGAUCUCCCUAACAUGUGCAAACUUUUGUUACUAUGGAAAAGAUGUGAACAGCAUAAAAGCCCUACAGAACCAGUCUUGCUUGACAGGAGAAGUUCAUUUGUUAAAGACUCUUUAUGUGACAGACUACAGUGAGAAAUCGCAGACUGAAGAUCCAGUUGACAAACAGAGCGCCAACUUGAAACAAGCUGCUAAUAAUGGAAGCAAAAAUUGUUUUGUUUUUCGUCAUAUUUCCACGAAUGUGUUGCAGGAUAAUGUGAAACAAGAGUCUGUGCAUACUCAGUAUGGUUGUGACUUCAAGAAUGUGUGUCGAGAUGUGCUACAUGAUGACAUAAUAGUGAAUGUGACUAUGAAUGGAUCACUGGGACAACUAUUUUGCUGUUCGAGUGACAACUGCAACAACAUCAGCAAAAUUCCACAUCUGCCUGCGGAAAACAGAGUAUGCUAUGAAGGGUAUAGCAAUAAUACUGGUUCUCAAGUAGCUAAGAUGAAGUCCUGUAGCCGUCCAGAUGCCCUGUGUGCCAAGAAAACAAUGUUCACAGAUGGCAAGGAGGUGAUGCAGCACUAUUUCUGUGACCAGGACAAACUUUGUGAAGAGCAGCUGGCUUCAGGGGCCUUCAGAUCUUGUCAUGGGAGAGUACUGGAAUCCAAUAUGACAGAGGAGUUGUGCUGUUGUGAUGGAAACAUUUGUUUCAAGCCCCCAUGGGUGUCAGCCUCAGAAGAACUUGGAGACGGCUCUUUGAACAAUACUUAUUCCGACUGGUAUAUGAACCAUCCAAUACACAAACCCUCUGGGAGGAGGCAAAGUGGCUUAGUUAUUAGUGGUAUCAUUGCAGCUCUUGUGAUGAUCAUUAGCUUUGGAAUAGGGGCUGUUGUGGUUGUAGUGUGCAAGAGACGUCAGCCGAGCAGAGACCCGAAUGUCAUUAUGCAGUAUGAGCGAUUGUCAAACUCUGAGCCAGAUGGUAUUGAGGCCGUUAUUUUAUAGCAUCACGUGCGGGGAUAACAUAUAAAUUUGUUGCUACUACAGCUGUUGUUUUGUUCACAAAGCAUCAUCUAUUAUUGUUAUUUUGUUUUUUCUCAACUUUUCAAAAAUCAUAGCGCAACAUGCAAAUGUAUAAUUAAUUGAAAACUUAAGAAAAGAAAAUGCCUGAUGAUAAAUCUAACCAAGAGUAAUAAUCAAAAUGAGAUUGUGAAACAGUCACUACCUAGUAAUAAUUUUCUGUCUCGUUGUCAAAAAGUGCUGCUGAGGUUUAUAAAUGCAGGUGCUUCAAUCAAUAACUAGCAUCAGUUUACAUUUUAGCGACAUGUUUUCAUUGUCACUGCGCUCUCAGCAGUAGAACCUGAUUUGAACUAAGUGUAAGUUCUUUUCUAUCAAGAAAGUGCAUACUUCAUCUGUUGGAUUACCGUUUUGGUGGCAGGCAAAAUGCAGAUAGAAGAUGAAGUCAUUGGGGAAUGACUCCAUGAAGUGAGAAAAAAUUAUACCUGUUCACAAUGUAGUAACACUUUAAAAAAAAUUUACUUCCAUACUAAUAUUCAAAUCCAUGGUUGCUUUGAAGUCAUUUCUUUUUCAGUGUUCAGAACCAUCAUAUUUAUAGAGUAACCUGAGGUACAGAGUAAGAUCAUGAGUCGUACAUAAUUUUUGUCAGGAAUAGUCUCCUAAUCCAACAUGACUUUUUGUCUCUUUUAUUUUUUUAGUAAAAGUUUUGGACUUUAUUAGUGGUUUAUAAUUGAUUUUUGUCUUUUUAAAAUUUCCUGUUGUAAGUUUUAAUUACUUUAUACUGGCAUUAUGGAUGACCUCAUAGUAUUGAUUUCUGUAGACUAUUUUUUCUGAAACUUUUACAUUUGUUCAGCAUUGGAUUGAACCCUGACUGGAUGAAUAAUAGUUCUCUGGUAUUCACCGUUUUAACUCUUGCAAGAGCUAGGGAAAACAAUGAAAGAAAUUAAACAAAACACGUUGUUGUUGAAUAUGACUUAAAAUCCAGUACAGAAAUUAAUCUUGUGGUUAAUGAGUGCUAUUAGUAGGUUACACUUCUUUUCUACCUGUCUAUUGUUACUGUAUACUUGUCCUGCUUUUUAAAUCCAGUAAAUUACCAUCAUGGUGUUCAGGUGCUUGUCUUUUUAACUCAAAUGUAUUUUACCGUGUCAUCUAAUGACUUGUUAAGGAUUUUUAAGUUACUAAAGGUAUUUCGAUUCACAACUGAACCCUUUUGUGUAAAAGAGAAGUUCUGAGCAGUUGUAUUACCAAAUCUUAAUCUUGCAUCAACCAAUAAGAUUUAAAAAGGUUUCAGCAAACCAAAAUAUAUGUGGGGCAUCGUGGUGAAAUCAGGCGCUCGUUAAAAUAAUACAUGUAGAACAAAAAAUAUCCGGGUUUUCCUGUCGGUUUGGUAAUUUUUAUUGAAUAUUUGUUUUUUUGGCUCAACAUCUUUUAUGUCCAUUUAAGCUGUGUGUCUUUUACUAAAAACAUUGAUUAAA